AUGGAGCCAACAUACCCUUCUCUACAUCCUCUUCCAAACCGUCUGUCUCCCCCUACCUUGCCUUACACGCGUCACCAGUCCGACAACCUAAACCAACACUAUAAUCACCACACAAACUACAAAGACUACCACCACUACAACCACACUCAACACUGGAGAUCCCACGAUUUGCUUCAACUGCAAUCAUUGCUUUGCAACAAGCCACAGCAAGACACUAACAACCACCUUCCUCCCCUCAUCCUUCUUAGCUCUAUCUCGUCGUCCACAACCACCUCAACAAACAACAACUCACCAUAUGGAGGUCAAUCGCCUUCUCUAUCAACAUCAUUCUCGUCUUCAUCCUCAUCCUCAUCCUCGUCUUCAUCAUCCUCUCCUCCUCUUUCUUCUUCUUCUCCCUCACCUUCACCAGCCGCUGAAUCGAUCUCAACCUUUCCUUCGCCCCAACAAGAUCAAGACUUUGAUUUGGAUCACAAUAAGCAGCACCACUGGUCGCCUUCACCACCAUCAUCUUCUGCUUCUGAUAAUGUUGUCGUUGUUGAUGAUUCUGUCCGUGGCAUAGUAUCAGUCACCUCACUUCUUAACCCAGUUCCCGAGUUGCCUGAACCAAAGCGAAAAAAGAAUCGAUCUGGUUACUUGUCCGAUGCCCGGAACCAAAUGCCUGCCACCAAAAUCGCCCCAAACAGAUCGUCUUCUAAUAUUCUGCUCAAACGUGGUAGACCCCGUCAACUAACCCUGAACAACACGAACAUGAACAUGAACAUGAACAGUAAUAAUAUUAAUUCUAGCAUUUUCGGCACGUCCGGUACUCCCCCUGUUGCUGCAGAUCAUUUACAUUUUACACAAAACACCAAAAAACAACGUCGUUACAAAUCCAAAAAGAAUAAAACAGAAAACAACCAUAAUGAUGAUGAUGACGAUAACCAUAUCGCGCUUGACGUCUCGGAAGAUCACCGACGCCUUAACAAAGGGCUACGACACUUUAGUAAGCAGGUUUGCGACAAGGUUGCCAAGCGAGGAACAACAACCUACAAUGAGAUCGCAGAUGAGCUUGCUACAGAUAUCAGAAACUCUCCCCAAGACAAUCAACCUGGCUGUGAUCAAAAGAACAUUCGUCGUCGUGUGUAUGAUGCUCUCAAUGUACUGACGGCGAUAAACAUUAUUGAAAAAGAUAAAAAAGAAAUCAAAUGGCUUGGUAUUCCUGGCUGCACCAAUACACAUUCCGAGACCGCUAAAAGAGAAGCUGAUCUGUUGCGAGAAAUUGAAGAAGAAGAACGCUGUCAUAUCGAAUUGACUGCAUCUGUCGAGGCUGCACGAGAAAAACUCGCGCAGGCAAGUCUCUCUCAAAUGUUUGCUCUUCCCAAUUGCCCGACUGCCUUUCCUUGCCCAUCUUCAUGA